AGCCCGCAAAACAACGAUGAACGACAUGCGCGUAGAACGGCGUUUGGCCGUAUAUAAGUAGGUGUAGGUGUAAUUUUGUUUUCCGAUUUAUUUCCCUUCGACGCGUUCUCCGGUUCGGCUUGUAAUAAUAAAUAACAGGGGAACAUUAAAAUAAUAUUAUAAUCAACGCUCGAGUAGAAGAGGUAGUCGUGAUCGAUGCGUCCGCCAUGUGUGUAAUUCUGUCGAACGACGUUUGUUUUUUUUAAAAAAAAAAAGUCGCCGAGUUACUUUCCGUCGUCGCCGCCGCCGUUGUGGGAAAGCGAUCCGCGAAAAGCUGUUGUUUGUUUGGAUAAACGCCAACUGUAUACCUAAUAUGAGUGAAAAUUCUGCGCUAGAAUCGCCUACUUCUGGGCAAAAUGACGGCACAACAGCAAUAAACAAAAGAAAAAAGUGUACUCCGUCAAAAACCGUAAAGCAAAGAAUAGCCGGCAGACGAGGCAGACCCGGACUGAGAUCUAAGAGAAAACAAGAGGACACAAAAACUGAACAAGCGGACGAUACUAUCGUUGCUGUUGCUGCCGAAACAGAACCGCUAACCGAACUAAUCGCCAAUGCGGAUGUACAAGAAUGUGGUGAACUUAAAUCCAAAGACCCGAACGAUGAUGUAGCUGUUUCGGACGAAACGGAUUUGUCCGAGGCUGCUAAUAAUGAAGACGAGGAAAAAGAGUUGGAAUGUGAAAAAGGCGAACAUUUGAUUACCACCACAAGUUCAGAUUUCGAUGAAAACAAUACCGUUGAACGUAACGGUAAUGAAACAUUUGUGGCCAAAUGUAACAGUGACAAUGACGACGACUGCAUACUAGACGAAGAAUUGGAUCACGAGGUCUACGUGGAAGACAUUAAAAACGGAACUGGCGUUUUCGACGAGAUCAACAAUGAUUUUGAAAACUGUAUCGACGAGACAAGUAAAGACGAUGUCGAAGAUACAAUAAACCUGGCUCUUGGCGAUGAUGAUAUGAAGUUAUUUACCGAUGAGGAGGAGGAUUCAGACACUUCCAAAGAGGACGAGGUAAACGAGGGCCAAGUGUCGGACGAAGAAACUCGACCACCGGUAACCGUCGAUAGUGAAAGCGACAGCGACAAAGAAACCGACAGUACAAGUAGAGAGGCGACUGAACAUGAAUGCCGUGGCAGAUCAACCGCCAAGCGAUUGUUUGACGCGGACAAAUUGCAGAGAAGUCACCAAGGCGUAGACGACACGGACAGCAACAACGACGACGAUGAACCGAGCGUGGUCAAAGUGGACAACAAAGACAAGACGAAACAAGUCGGAGACAAAGCGGACGCUGACGACAAGCAAAGCAACGACUCUCGAUCGCAAUCGCCUUCGAAUGAUUUGUCAAAGAUAAACGCAUCAGUUGUUCGCAGUGUUUGGGUCAGCAAUUUAUCGUCCAACACCAAAGCUACAGACCUAAUGAAGUUGUUUUCGACGUACGGGAAGGUGGUGUCCGCUAAAGUCAUGAUAAACCCGAAGACUCCAGGGGACCGAUGCUAUGGUUACGUUACACUGUCGUCGGCAGAAGAAGUCGACCUUGUCAUCGAACGUUUGAAUCGAACCGAACUGAACGGCCAUGUUGUUACCGUCGAAAAGGUCAAACAAGAGAACGGCAAGUGUACCGCAAGUGCAGACGAUACCAAAGAAAAUGAAGACUGUGCUGAAGGAUCGGACAGAGAAUGUAAAAAACAUGACGACAGACGAGAGGAGAAGAAACAGACUAUCGCCGUUGACGGCGGCGACAAAAAGACCGAAGCUCUGAAUGAUAGUAAACGGUCUUCGUCCACGGACACCAAACCGGAAUCGAAACGUUCAAAAAUUGUAAAUAACAAACGUGACCGUCUUAGCCGAGAUAGAAGCGUCACGAGCAAAAUCAACGAUCGUGAAAGGCAAAGACUUAAAGAGAUAGAGCGUGAGAAAGAGCAUCUAGAAAGAAUGAAAAAGAAACGGCUGGAGUUGUUGCGUUAUACAAAAAUUAAAAUUGAACGAGAAAGACAAAAGCAUAAAGCGCACGAGAACGCGUUAAGAGAAGAAAAAGAACGUCAAAUGAAUAUCGACCGUAAACAAAAGGAGGAAUUUAUACGUUUAGCAAAAGAAAGGCAACAACUUCAAAUCGAACGGGAGCUUAUCGAAAAGGAAAAAGCCAAACUGUUGGGUUUGGAACGGGAAAAUCAACGUUUGGAACGUGAACGAUUGCAGAGAGAAAAAGAAGAGUUGCUGAGAGCUCAAGAAAAACUCAAAGCGGCCAAACUGGAAGCGUCGUUGAGUUCGUCGUUAAAACGUGCCGUAGAACCGUCGACGACCGCGACGUCUGACAAAAAACAAAUGUUUGCUGCGAGCACCUCGCGGUACGACAAUAGUGAUGAGCGAUUGCAUAGUUCUCGCAGCCGUCCCAACGAGAAAUUUGUCAAUCCGACCGUUGCUCUGCCGUUGAACAUACCUACUUUUACACAUUACUACGAUACGUAUCCUUCCGAAUCUCGUCGAUCGAGGCCGUCCCCGUCGCCGCCGCCGCCACCCGCAUCGAGACCCAAAGAUUCAGCAGUUAGCGCUAGAUACGGCGUGCCGUCAUCGUCCGACCAUCGUUACAAAAGCCGCGAUGGCCAGUCCGACCGUAGGGAUGAUUCGCGUAGAAAAGAAACGAGCAGUCGACACGGUCAUACGUCGCACGAGUCCGGCAAGAGUUCCUACACGAUGUCUCGCAGUAACGAUAACAACGCUUGGUCAUCGUUGCCGCCGCCGCCGGUGAACGGCUCGUUGUUCGAGGCGACGGAGCAACAUUCGAGGCCCGAUCCGUGGUUGACUAGUAGUGGUGGCCAUUCGGAAAACGACAACCUCGCUUGGCAACAUCCGCCUCAGCCGUCGUCGUCCGUCAAUCGUUGGAACUCCACUUCGGCGAUGUGCGGACGUAUUUCUGGCAACAACGUCGUUUACGAUCAUCGAACCGUACCGCCGCCCAGCGUCGGCAUGAACGUGUUGGCCGCAGACAAACACAACAGAUACGGCAGCUACAAGACGAACGGCGUGUCGAGAAAAUAUUGAGAAACACGUAGUUCCAAGAAAAAAACAUUCCAGUCAUUUCUCGAGUACAAAUAUAGAAACACGUUCCUCGCGACAGUCAAACUAAGUUUAAUAACAUAUAUAUGUGUAUAUAUGAUUUUUUUUUUUUUUUUUAAUUGCGUUUAACGUAUACGUAUAAAUAUAUUAUAUCAACCAAAAUUUAUAUUACAGUACACAUUUUUUACAGUUACGUUACAUUUGUUUAGAUAACGUAAAAUUAAUUUCAUUAUAAUAUUAUAAUGAUAAUAAUAAUAAUGAUA